AUGAGGUUUGCAGUUUUUGUUAUAUUGGUUUUGGGAGUUGUGUGUUCGCAAAAGUGUCCUGAAUGCGUUGAGCCAGCGAGGAUUUUACAUGAUGAGUGUGGUGGUGUCCCGACAGCACGGUCUGCUGUUGGAGGGUACUUUGAUUGUGUUUGUGGGUUGAACAGCACGUUCUUUGAUUUGUAUGAGGUAUGUGUUAAGAAUUGCAAGGCGCUCGACUUUCUUACGUUUAAUACGAACAACAGUACUUUGCAAGAGUUUUAUUGUCAAGUGGCAGACAAGUAUGCUACGGCUACGGCAGAUGUUACAGAUACGUUUCCUGAUGCUGAAUUGCAACUGUAUGCUACGGGGCAUAGCAAAAAUGGUGCAUCUCCUAUGAAGCCUAACUUUGUAUUGACUAUAUUAAUGUGUAUGUUCUAA